CGGUAUACCUGUGUUUUUCAGUUGCCAAGAUGACAAGAUGGCGGCUUUUGCUAAAAUAGUCUCGUCACUAGAUUCUUUACAAACGUCUUGCAUUCGUGCGAUCGCUGAUCAUGUAUCUCAGCACAAAGGCGGCUUAAAAGACUUACCCCGAGAGGUGAAGGACAAUCUGGUCUUGCUCUUUUCAAAGAGGGGUCUUUUGAGCGACGAUGUUUUGCCGAAGAUUGUGUCCCCACUCAUCCGUGAUUUGGAUUUGUCUGAGUCUGACACAUCAGAUGAAGGCCUCAUGGCUCUUCAAGUCUGUAAGAAGCUGAGAAAACUGGACUUAAAUGCUGUCAAGGAUAGAAGAGAGAACAUCACAUCAAAUGGAAUUAUCACACUUUCACAGUCAUGUCAUGACUUACAAACUGUAUACUUGCGCAGAUGCACCAGCAUUGGUGAUGAGGCAGUCAUAGCAUUGGCAGAGAACUGCCCUCAACUGAUGCACUUAAACCUUGGUGGAUGCCUGCAGAUAACUGACAGAUCUCUAAAAGCAUUAGCGAAACACUCAAAGUUCCUACAGAGCUUGAAUGUCAGCAAAACCAAGAUAACAGACACUGGGAUCUUCAGCUUGACAAGUGGUUGUUGUACACAGUCAUUAAAGGAGUUACACUUGGCCCACUGCAAGGACAUCACAGAUGACGGUGUGGAGUCAGUGCUCAUGCUUUGCCCAAAUGUUACAAUUCUCAUCUUCCACAAUUGUCCUCUUGUGACAGACAGGUCGCGUUAUGCAAUGGAGGAAGUUGCGCAGAGGGGGGGAGUGAUGAAGCAACUCUCAUGGACUGUAUACUAGUACCUUUUUCCCCACCCUACACUACCUUUUUUACGCUACAUCAUAUUAUGUGUUAUUAAUGUUUUUUGUGUGCAUAAUAAGGCUAUGUGCCAUGUUGUGACCAUUGUCGUAUAUUAGGGACCUUAAGCAAGGACGACGUCGAUGGCUAGGAAAAUGCGAUCGAAAAAGAUGUUUUCGGGUGUGGCGAUAAAUAAUGAUUUAAUUGCAUUCCAUUUUUUUGC